AGCGGGGAGCGGGAGUGAGAGGUGGCGGCGGGGCCGGGGCGGGAGGAUGGCGGAGGAGAAGAAGCCGAAGCUGAGCCACACGCUGCUGCCGGCCGAGUCCAUGAAGGUGAUGGCGGAGGCCAUGGGCAUCGCCCAGGUGCCCGAGGAGACCUGCCAGCUGCUGGCCGACGAGGUCAGCUACCGCAUCAAGGAGAUCGCCCAGGAUGCCCUGAAGUUCAUGCACAUGGGCAAGCGCCGGAAGCUGACCACGGGGGACGUGGACUAUGCCUUGAAACUGAAGAACGUGGAGCCGCUGUACGGCUUCCACGCCCAGGAGUUCAUCCCCUUCCGCUACGCCAGCGGGGGCGGGCGGGAGCUGUACUUCUACGAGGAGAAGGAAGUGGAUCUGAGCGACAUCAUUAACACGCCCCUGCCCCGCGUCCCGCUGGACGUCUGCCUCAAAGCUCACUGGCUCAGCAUCGAAGGCACCCAGCCCGCCAUCCCCGAGAACCCGCCCCCAGCCCCCAAAGAGCAGCAGAAAGCGGAGGCCACGGAGCCGCUGAAAUCCACGAAGCCCGGGCAGGAGGAGAACGGUGCCCUGAAGGGCAAAGGGCAGAGCGCAGCCGCCCCGGAUGGCAAAGGGAAGGAGAAGAAGGCCCCCGUGCUGGAGGGGGCCCCGCUGAAGCUGAAACGGCGAAGCAUCCACGAGCUGUCUGUGGAGCAGCAGCUUUAUUACAAGGAGAUCACGGAGGCCUGCGUGGGGUCCUGCGAGGCCAAGAGAGCCGAGGCCCUGCAGAGCAUUGCCACCGACCCCGGACUCUACCAGAUGUUACCGCGCUUCAGUACCUUCAUCUCCGAAGGGGUGCGUGUGAAUGUGGUGCAGAAUAACCUGGCGCUGCUCAUCUACUUGAUGCGGAUGGUGAAGGCGCUGAUGGACAACCCCACCCUGUACCUGGAGAAAUACCUGCACGAGCUGAUCCCAGCAGUGAUGACCUGUAUCGUGAGCCGGCAGCUCUGCCUGCGGCCGGACGUGGACAAUCACUGGGCCCUGCGGGACUUCGCCGCCCGCCUCAUCGCCCAGAUCUGCAAGAACUUCAGCACCACCACCAACAACAUCCAGUCCCGCAUCACCAAGACCUUCACCAAGAGCUGGGUGGACGAGAAGACGCCCUGGACCACGCGGUACGGCUCCAUCGCGGGGCUGGCCGAGCUGGGCCACGACGUGAUCAAGACCCUGAUCCUGCCGCGGCUGCAGGUGGAGGGCGAGCGGGUGCGCGGCAUCGUGGAGGGGCCGGUUGUCAGCAACAUCGAUAAGAUCGGGGCCGACCACGUCCAGAGUCUGCUGCUGAAGCACUGCGCCCCAGUGCUGGCCAAGGUCCGCCCGCCGCCCGACAACCAGGACUCGUACAAGGCCGACUACGGCUCCCUGGGCUCCCUGCUCUGCACCCACGUGGUGAAAGCCCGGGCCCAGGCGGCCAUGCAGGCCCAGCAGGUCAACCGCACCACCCUCACCAUCACGCAGCCCCGCCCGACGCUGACCCUGUCGCAGGCCCCCCAGGGCCCCCCGCGGGCCCCGAGCAUCAUCAAAGUGCCCAGCUCCAUCACGCUGCCCGUGCAGACCCUGGUGUCCGGCCGCCCCUCCACCCCCACCCAGCCCUCCCCGCCCCCCACCAAGUACAUUGUCAUGUCCUCCGCCUCCGGCAGCAGCACCUCCCAGCAGGUGAUCACCUUCAGCAGCAGCCCCCUGGGCACGGCCAGCUCCCCCAUCAGCACCACGGCGGCCGGGGUGCAGCCCGUGGUGAAGCUGGUCUCCACGGCCCAGACGGCGCCCAGCGCCACGGUGACGGGCAGCCUGCAGAAGUACAUCGUGGUCUCGCUGCCGCCCCCGGGUGAGGGGGGCAAAGCCGGAGGGGCCCCUGGGACCCAGCUCUCCCCCUCAGCCCCACCGGGGCUGGCGCUGCCCGGCCUGGCGCCCCCCAUUGGCACCUCCACCAUCAAGCAGGAGCCCGGUGACAGCCCCCAAGCCCCGCCCGGCACCCCCAGCCCCUUCGGCAAGGCCAAUGGGGCGCAGGGGGGCGUGGCCGGGUCGCCUCAGCCCUCCCAGUGACCUCGCCGGCCCUGCCAUGGCUCCGCCCCUUUGGGCAGGGCUGGUGGGGUGGGGCAGAGUCUCAGCAGCUGGCCCCACCCACAGGGACACCCCCGCGGCCAUGGUGGCCCCGGGCCUGGAGUCAGUGGUGUGUGGGGGGAUCUGACCCCAGCCCCCCUGUGGCAUGUGGGGCAGCUGCAGCAGCAGCAAAGGCCAGCGGGGGGCGCAAGAGGCUAACAGAGCAGCACUCACCUGCAGGACCUGGCUGGGGUGGAGUGGGGGGGUGAAAAGGGGGCUGCCCCCGUGUACAUAGCUGUAAAUACCGCGGUAUAAACCCGUGAACUCCCAAUAAACCAGCUCUGCCCUCA